UAUAAAAACUACAACCAUCCUCGGCCAUACUACGUAGGAAGUGAAGGUUCCGCGUCCCGUCCGCUCCGCCAAGGCAAAUUACUCGCAGUCGGAUAGUGCCCUGGUGGGGGACCACAACGGAAUACCAGAUGUUGAGGUUCUUCCUUUUUAGACUUUGAGAGCUGGGAGGGGAAGAAGGGAUACUACGUAGGAGGGCCGAUCGGACAGUGGUGGAGGCAGAGGGAGGAUCGAUGUUCGAUCGAUGAUAACCCGGCGCGUCGCGUCUUCUGCUGCCUCGCCGCCAACAUGAAUUCCUCAAUCGGGAAAUUACCGCAUGGAUCGGCGUCAUCCGAAAGAUAAUGUACUCGUAGUGGACGGCGGACCGAAGUGGAAUUACGAAAUGACGACCUAAAAUACGUCGGGCUGUUUUAUGAGUCAUGGAAUUGAUUUGUGCGUUGUACUUGAUCCAUAUUUCAUUCUAGAAUAGACAAUAGAAAUCAAGAUGGUACAGAAGACGAGGCCUAGCGAGAAACGCAUCCACCUCACGCGCCAUGCUCAAGCAGAGCAUAAUGUGGCAGAUGACUACACAAUUGCGGAUGCGCCCUUGACAGCGCUUGGCCAAGAACAGUCACGGCAGCUCAAUGAGGCAACAAAGAAUGGGGUUCAGAAGACCGCUGAACUCCUCGUAACUUCUCCGCUCCGAAGGCCUCUGGAGACCAUGUUGCUCGGUUAUCCCGAAUUAAAAUCCAGAUUAGAAAAGUCUGGAAAGCCCGUCAUUUUAUUAGACAUCUUGCAAGAAGUCGGACCCUACCCUUGUGACACUCCUACACACCCCAUCUCUGCCUUGAAAGCCUCUAACGGUGGCAUCUUCUCUUCUCUUGACUUCUCCACCCUUUCUCCGGACUACGCUUCGAAAGAAGGCAUCUUCUCCCCUGCCAAUGGUGCGGCAAGGGCCAAGUUGGCGCGCAAGUGGCUGAGAGAGAGACCUGAGAAGGAGAUUGUCGUGGUGGCUCAUGGCGAUAUCUUGAGAUACAUUGCCGAUGGACAACAAUCCAGCCGACCCUGGAACAAUGCGGAAAACAAGGUGUUCACUUUCAGAUCUGACGAUGACUCGGACGACAGUAUGGUCGAGGCUGACUACAAUGUGGAAGCACGUGAUGCUACCGAAGCGCCCACCAGUAGUGAGAUCAAGGCCGGCAAGUUUUAAAACUUGUAGCUCUGAUCAGGUCGGAAGUGAAUAACUGAAAAAGAUAUGCAGCGGUAUUGUGUAAGGUUUUGUCCUAGCAAGAUAUGUUCAUCACAGCGUCAUAAUCGUCAUUACUCAUUAGGCCACCCAACAGUUAAAGAUUUUACACAGAGCCCAAAACCACAUCGUUUCGCACACCACAUGCUAAUCUCUAGAUAUCUUCUUCCACUUCUUUACGCCAUUCCAGCACCUUCUCAAUAUCAACCUCUACUCUCUGCUCCCUUUUAUUUCUUCCUUCCAAAAAGCCCAGCGCGUCAUCCCUCGCCAGCAGCUCAUCCAAUAAUGGCUUUGCAGGCUCAAGGUUCAAAGUCAGCUCGAACGAUGAUCUCGCUCUUGAAAGAGGUCGAUAAAGUUCAGUAUGUUGAUGGAUAGGUGUACGAAGGGGUAACGUGGAAGGAGGGAUGAUGCAGGGUGUCCUAGAAUAUUUACCUCUUUUUUCUUGCUGCAUGG